AUGGCUUCGAAGAAAGACAUGCGCCGUGCGGACCUCAUUGUCCCCUACGCAGAGCCCGCCAGUUCCUCGUCAGAGGGCGACAUGGCCAGUACAAUGGCUAGUACUCUGCCCAUGGCUGCCAUUUUCACGCGGAACAAGGUCGCCGUUGUAUUUGCUGUCCAGUCCUGGCUUGCCGAGAGCGCCGAGCAGAAGCGUACCUCAACGACGCCGGGCUACUUUUCUGUCGGCAUGGCCUUCAUGUCCCUUCUCGUGGGCUACAUGCCUCUCCUGCUGCCACCUCCACCAGCGCAGGCCGGCACGGGAUCCUCUACCGAAGCGCCACCAGCUGUACCUUCUUCUUGA